AUGGCGCCGUCGAGACGACGCACCACUGCCCGCCAAACGCGCGUCAGCUCAGACCGCCUGGAGCAGCGGACUAGGAGCGAGUGCGGCUUCAACGCGGCCGAGUCCUCCCUGUCCAGCGUCUCGUCAAACCAAGGCAUCUCGCGCGGUCGACACGCCAUCACCACGCUACUCUCAUAUCUGGGCUCCAGCAACCCGCUCCCAGCCCCGCUCGAAAAGGACGAUGUGGUCUGGCUCCUGGAUAACACCGCAUUCCGCGGCCCCGGCGGCAUAUGGCAGGCCGAGUUUGUCGCCGCGGCCUUUGACCGGGCGCCGUCGGCAAGAGUUGUUGAUAUCGUGGGCGACAUUGCCAGCAAACUGGGACUGUCUAACGGACACGUCGAGGAAAGGACCAUCGAGCGUCGCAUCGCGCCGUUUGUCAUGCAGAUUCUCCCUGGAAGGCAGAUUAAAGUCGACUUUGACGGGGUGGCACGCUUGAAGCUAGGUCCUGGAGGCAGGAACGGCAUCAGCAGUGACUUGAAGCGGCUUCCAAAGCCGCCGAGGGAUAUGGUGGCGCGAUCAAAUGCAGUCGUGCCCCGUGGUGCCACAGGCAUGCUCGAGAUGAAGACCGUGUACGCGGAGCCAGAAGGCUGGGCCGUCAUCUCCGACGUCGACGACACUAUCAAAGUUACACAGACCAGUGACCCCAUUGGCAUCCUGCGGUCAACCUUUGUGUCAGAGCCGGAGCCCGUCGCAGGCAUGCCGGAGCUCUAUGCUUAUAUCCAGACCGUCAUCACUAAUUCCGCGCCAUUCUUCUACCUUUCGGCAUCUCCGUACAACUUGUAUCCUUUCCUUCGCAGGUUUAGGGAUAACUACUACCCCCACGGGGAGCUCAUCCUCCGCGACGCUAGCUGGUUGACUGUCUCCGGGCUGCUCUCCAGCCUGACGCUCGGGACAGAGAAGUACAAGAUUGACAGGAUGAGAAAGAUCCGUCGCUGGUUUCCGCGGCGGAAGAUGAUACUCAUUGGAGACUCGACGCAGAGCGACCCGGAGGCAUAUGGCGAGAUAUGCAGGAUGUUUCCCGGAUGGAUCAAAUUGAUUCUCAUACGAAAGGUUGCCGACAUUGCCGCAGUUGGAAUUGAGGAGAAGAAUGAACCGGCGCGGUUUGAGAGGGCGUUUACCCGUGUUCCGCGGUAA